GGAUUAAGGUUAGGUUUAAAAUCACAUUUUAAGAAGAAGAAAUUCUAGAAAUAGGCGGGGUGUAUGACUUUGUGGCUGUGGUAAUUAGUAACGACAGUUUUGUUUUUGUCAGCGCGAUUUUACCAACGUUUCGCAUUUAAUCCCCUAGCUAGCUAACUAAUAUUCUUCAAUCAUGGGGAAGUCAUUUGCUAAUUUUAUGUGCAAGAAAGAUUUUCACCCUGCAUCUAAGUCAAAUAUAAAAAAGGUAUGGAUAGCAGAGCAGAAAUUAACAUUCGAGAAGAAGAAGCAGGAGGACCUCAUGAAUUCUUACCUAAAAGAACAAGACACCUACAACAACAGACUGUUGAUGGGAGAUGAUCGUGUGAAAAAUGGUCUCAACUUCAUGUAUGAAGCUCCACCUGGGGCAGACAAAGAAGAGACCAAAGAGGAAGGUGAAUCAGAAUACAAGUUUGAGUGGCAAAAGACGGCCCCUCGAGAGAAGUAUGCCAAGGAUGACAUGGCUAUUAGGGAUCAACCAUUUGGAAUUCAGGUUCGCAAUGUGAGAUGCAUCAAGUGUCACAAAUGGGGCCAUGUGAAUACAGACAGAGAGUGCCCUCUCUUCGGCCUGUCUGGGAUCAAUGCCAGCGCUGCACCUACAGAGGAAGCAGGUCCGUCGAUGCACCCCUCUGAGUUAAUGGCGGAGAUGCGAAACAGUGGGUUUGCCCUGAAGAAAUGUGUCCUUGGGAGAAAUUCUACUGUUUGUGAUCCAUCGCAGGAGUAUGUCGCCAGUGAAGAAGAGGAGGAUCCUGAGGUUGAAUUCCUGAAGUCAUUGACUACUAAACAGAAAGAGAAGCUCCUCAGGAAACUGGAUCGUCUAGAAAAGAAGGAGAAGAAGAAUGACAAGAAGGGCAAAAAGCAGAAGAAGAAGAAGAAGAGUAAAGGAAAGCAGAAGAAGAAGAAGCAUGAUAGUAGUGACAGCUCCAGUGAAACUAGCAGUGACUCAGACUCUGACAGCAACUCUAAGAGCCAGAAGAAGAGAAAGGACUCCUGUCGUGAUAACACGAAGAGUGAGGGACUAGUCAACAGUAAGACCAAGGCCUCCUCUCACAGGAGCAGGUCACGGAGCCCAACCUCCAGACAGAAACUGCACAAAGACGAUACCAGAGAGGAGAAACAAACAAGGGCUGAGCCAGGCAGGAGCGAGGGCAGAAAGUACAGUCCAGAGAGAAAGAUGAGGAUGGAAGAACGUCAGGAGAGACACAGACACACCAGCAGGGAGAGACAGAGAACCAGCAGCAGCUCCCAGCCUGGCACAGACAGAAUCAGGAACUGUGAGAGAGACAGGGACAGAGGUAAAGACAAGGUUCACAGUAGGGAUGAGGGGAAAAGUAGAAGAGCGAGGAAUAGAAGCAGGAGCAGAGAUGGAGCGAGGGAUAAAGUAGCAAAGGAGAGGAGUAGGAGCUGAGAUCGGGGGAGAGAGAGGGGAGGCGAAGGGAGUAGAAGCAGGAGUACAGGCAGAGGGAGGCAGAAAAGAGCCAGAAGCAGAGAUAGAGCUGAGAAAAAGAGCUGAGCUGUGAGAGUAGACAAUCUUACAAAGUGGGCCAGUGAUAGCCUACCUUUUUAUUUUGCUGGCCUAAACAAAGUGAAUAUUUUUCGACACGAACGUGAAAUGUUUUCAAGGUUUUAUGAUGCUGCUGUUAAUGUCAUUUUUUUCUUAAAGUGUGCUCACUUUAUUAAACAUUAAACAACACUUAGAAACCAA